CCCGGGUGGUUCUGGUGUAGCUGUGACCGGAGAGAAGGUGUUGGAAGGGUUCAUAGGGCGGGAGGGCUCCGGGAUAACGGGGCGGGGAAGGGGGGAGGGGAAGCGCACGUGUGCCGGGCGAGUCCAUGGCGCUAUGGGGGAAGGGGGAGCGGUAGGACCGCCCCCAGCAGUGGCUCUGUCCGCUCUCAACCAAUCAGAGCUCGCAGAGCCUCGUGACGUACGUUCCUCCCGACCAAUAGGAGCGCGGGGAGGUGGCGGCGUGGCGGAACCGGUUCGGUUCGGCGGGGUUCAUGCGGGUGGCGCUGCGGGUUGUGGGGGCUCUGCUCGGUACCGCGCGGCGGAACGUGGCCUGCAGAGCCAUGGCCGGGCACAGCUCCGCCUCCACCGCCGGGAUCAUCAUUAUCGGGGAUGAGAUCCUCAAGGGCCACACUCAGGACACGAACUCCUUCUUCAUGUGCCGGCGGCUGCGUGCGCUGGGUGUGCGCGUGGCCCGCGUCUCCGUGGUGCCCGACGAGGUGGACGCCAUCGCUGCUGAAGUGGCCGCCUUCGCCUCCUGCUUCACCUUCGUGCUGACCUCGGGGGGCAUCGGCCCCACGCACGACGACGUCACCUUCGAGGCCGUGGCCAAAGCUUUUGGGGAGAAGGUGGCUCCGCACCCGGAGCUGGUGGCCCUGGUGCAUAAGUUCUUCGGCAAGACGGACAUGCAGUGCCCUGAGAUGAAGCUGGCUCGCAUCCCUGAGUCCUCACGCCUCAACUAUGGCACGGACCGACUCACAGGCAGUGCCUUCAAGUAUCCUCUGGUCAGCGUCCGUAACGUCUACAUCUUCCCAGGCAUCCCAGCACUGAUGGAACGUGCCCUGGAUGGCCUCAGCCAUCUUUUCCGCAGUGAGCAGACCUGCUUCCACUCCCGUGCCAUCUACGUGGCAGCUGAUGAGGUGCAGAUUGCUCCCGUGCUGGAUCAGGCCAACGCCAGCUUUCAGGACCGCGUGAGUUUGGGUUCCUACCCGGACUGGGCCAACAAUUAUUACCGUGUGAAGCUGACGCUGGACUCGGAGUCGGAGCAGCACCUGGAGGAGGCACACGGCUUCCUGAUGGAGAAGCUGCCGCCUGGCGUGGUGGUGCCGUUGGUGACUGACUGCGUCUCGAGGGCUUCCACUGAUGUCUAUGCCCUGGCUGAGUCAGGCUUGGCUCUGGGACAGAAGGUGGCAGCAGCACUGAGGACUAUUGAGGAGGCUUUGGAGCGGUACAGCCUAGCGCAGCUCUGCGUGGGUUUCAACGGGGGCAAGGACUGCACAGCCCUGCUGCACCUGGUCCACGCUGCCGUGGAGAGGCGCUACCCGGAGAGGCAGGAGAAGCUGAAGGUGCUCUACAUCCGCAUCGUGUCUCCCUUCCCUGAAAUGGAGCAGUUCAUCCAGGCCACCGUGCGGAGGUACAAGAUCCAGCUGUGCACGGUGGAGGGCUCCAUCCGGGACGCCCUGCUCACCCUGAAGGAGCAGCAGCCGCAGCUGGAGGCCGUCCUGAUGGGCACGCGGCGCACCGACCCCUACUCGUGCACCCUGACCCCCAUGUGCAUGACGGACCCCGACUGGCCCCAGUACAUGCGGGUGAACCCACUGCUGGUAUGCUGCUGCCAUCUGGGAUGGGGACGGGGCUGUUCCUGCUUGUUUGGGAGUGAGUUUGGAGUGAAUCCUCAUCCUCGGGGGCUUCUCUGCCCAGUUCUCCUCUCCUUAGGGCCUUGUUGCCCAGCUGUGGCCCUGCAGUGGGGACACCCACUGCUGCUGCCGGUGGUUGGGGCUCAUUCCUGCCCAGCCGUGGCUUUUGCCGUGCUCAGGGAGGGAUGGAUGCGCUCUGGGCAGAGGGCAGUGGAUGCUGGCUGGGCUCCACACGUGCCGAGCUGGAGCCGAGUGCCUUCCCUGAGACGAGGGGCAGCCACUGCAUCCACCUCUGCAGCGAUCCCUGCCCAACUCUGCCCACAGGACUGGACAUACAGGGACAUCUGGGAGUUCCUGCGCAAGCUCUUUGUCCCCUACUGCAUCCUCUACGACAAGGGCUACACCUCCCUGGGGAGCAUGGCCAACACAAUGAAGAACCCAGCGCUGCUCUACACCGACGCCAGCGGCCGAGAGAGCUACAGACCCGCCUACGAGCUGGAAAACGAGGAGGAUGAGCGCACGUCGCGCCGCUGAGAGCUCGGGGAGCCGCGCUGAGACCGAUGGCGUCCACAGGUGUCAUCCCCGCUGCUGGGGACAGCACUAAAUAAAGCCGCUGCGCUCAGCGUCUCGCCCGAGCUCGGCUGCGCCGCUCCUUUGGUGCUCUGCGGGGCUCUGGCAGGAGGAACGAGAGCGGCCGAGUCCGAACAAAAGCGACCCCAGGCGGUGCCUCCCCCCCGCCCCCCCUUCCCCACGUGCGCGUCAUUGUGGCGGCUUUUGAAGCGCAGAGAAUGGAGCAAUUUCCAGCGCUCGCCCGGGGCUCCGCGUGGCCGCGCCGAUCCCUCCCCGCUCAGAUCCCGUUGCCAUGCGUCUCCUACGAACCGCGACAGCCCGGCCGCCGGGCACCGUGAAGCGGAUGGCACAAGCCGUGGCGCUGCCGGCACCCGGCGAAGCGUCCCUGGGGCUGCGGCUCGGCCGCUGGGUGCUGCGGGUGCUGCGGGAGUGCGUUUACCUCCUGCUGUGCAGCUGGUGCAUCCGGGAGCUGCUGGAAUAGGGCACGGCUCCUUCCCCACGGUGGGACCGCCGGGAUGCUGGACUCUGUUGCCCCUCGAUGGCUCUGCGCUGCCCGGUUUGGACCCGAUGGACCCCCAGCACCAGGACCCGGCCCACCCUGAGCCCCCCCGGCACCACGACCCCAAUAAACCUGAGCAGUGUGUGAGCGGCUGCGUGUGUCGAGGACUCAGCGUC